AUUUGAUAUGGAUUUUUUUCGCGCCGGCGCGAAUGGUAAAACGUGCGUUAGUAGAGUUUUUCGUAGAGCUUAGCAUUUUUCGUUAAAGCGAAGCAUGUGUAUGUGCAACAUAUAAUAAAUAAGGUGUAUGAUUGGAGUGUUCAUUUAAUAAAUUUAACCAAAUACGUUGUUAUAAAUAAUGCAAUUGUGCGUUCCAUUAUUGUAAGGAUUGUUAAUAAAAAUGUUAUAGAAGAAUAAUUUUAGAUUAAAUUACAUAUCGAUUAAAUUUUAAAACAAAAUGGGAUCUAUCGUCCUUAAAAGUUUAUCUAUUCUUUUGGGCAUUUUUUUUAUUUUCGUUGGUAUAACUAAGCUGACGCCUUUUAUAUCGAAGGAAUUGCAUAAAGAUUUGAGAAAGGAAUAUGUAAGGUAUGCCAAAGUGUUCCCGUUUACAACAAUGUUGGAUUACAAGGUGCCAUCUAAAUGGUAUCGGAGGAGUGUUGGCGGACUUGAAAUUCUGUUUGGACUGGCUCUCGCCGUUAUACCUAGUCAUAAAAUAAAGAACACUGCGAACGUGGGCCUGGUGUUGCUGAUGAUCCUGGCCGCAUACUCGCACGUGAUGGUCGGCGACCCCUUCGACCGGUGCGCGCCGGCUCUGGUGUUCUUUUUUAUGCUCAGCGGACGCCUCGUGGUUUGGUAUCAGACAAGUCGACGGGAAGAAUUAGAAAAGGCCGCUGCGACUCAGAACGGUAACGGUCUUAAGAAGGACUAAUGGAAUGUAGUUGAUCUUUAGUAGUUUUCUUUUCACAUUUCUCGAACAUUCAUGUUAUUCUAAAUAAAUUUAGGCCGGAUAAGCUGUGUUUGAAGUUAUUUACUAUAAUUCUAUAAAUUUUAUCAUUCUGUGAUUAUUUUUUUUAUAGUUUGACAAUGGAAUUUAACUCGUUUAGUUUGCUUUUAUAUACAUUUUCAUUACUCUUGCAUUAUUAAAAGUAUUUGGGCACGCGCAAUUUUUUGUCAAAAUUUUUAACUUAUCUACAAAUUUAUUGAUAAGUUGCAGACGCCAUAGAAAUCGUACCUAAAAGUGAUAUUAAUUUAAGCGGUAUUAUUAACUAAGUUCAUUUUAUAUGUGUGUAUGUGUGUGCGUAAAAUGGUUAUACACGUAAGUACUACAUAAAUUAGUAUGUAGGUGUUCAUAACUGCCACUAUGGUAGACAUAGGCAUAAAUAUAGACGUAUUAAAUUUUUCACAUUAUACUUGAAUAUCUAAGAUAAAUGGGUUUUGCUCAAAUUUAAGAGAAAAAAACGGCGGCUAUGUAUGUACUGUCGUUGUCGUGUUUAAAUAAAUAUUCUAGUCAAAUUGGUAAGUGCACAGUUAUAUUUAAAUUAUAUAUAUAGUCUAGCGUUCUGUAGUGGAUCGAAUUAAGUGUGCAAUUGAUAUUAGUUAAAAGUCAAUACACGUAGAGGUACGUAGAUUCGAAUACUAACAAAUCACCUACAAAUCUUAGUGUGUAUCCUCACGCCUUAACGAAAUAAUUAAGCUUCAGAGAGAAUGACACGGAACAUUUUAAUUUAAAAAAUCGAACAAUUUGAUUUUAUAUAUAGUGUCUCGUUUUAUGUGUUGGGUAAUGAAUAAAUGGUAUGAGUAAUAAAAUGUA